AUGGGUCCAAUACCAGCCAAGAGAAUCAAGACUUUGUCGGUAGCUCGCCCGAUCAUUCAUGGGAAUUCUGCUAAGAAGAUGGGCGAUGUAAAACCUCCAAACGCUCCAGUGGAACACUCACAUAUAUGGACGAUCUUUGUCAAGGGACCCAACGGCGAAGAUCUGUCGGAUAUCAUCAAAAAUGUGGUUUUCAAACUGCAUGAGACGUACCCAAACCCAGUACGAACUGUGGAAGCUCCGCCAUUUGAACUAACAGAAACCGGAUGGGGUGAAUUCGAAAUCAAUGUCAAAAUCCAUUUUGUAGACGCCGCAGGCGAAAAGCCGGUGAGUUUCUACCAUCAUCUGAGGCUGCACGAAUACCGCGACCCGCUCAAAACUCUAGUCAAAGGCGAAACAUCUACCUCUACCAAGAACGCAGAUGUGGAAUCGAUAUUUUACGAUGAAAUUGUCUUCAAUGAACCAAACGAGGACUUCUUCAAGAUACUGAUGGCCAAACCGGGAUACCUUCUUCCUUCCAAUAAAUCUGAUAAGGUUGUUUUCUCGAAACAGCUGGAAAGAGAAGAGAUAGACCGCAUUAAAAUUGGUAUCGGAAAGGUUGACGAGGAAAUAGACGUGCUCCGAGAAAAACUGGCAACACUCACCAAGACUUGA